ACAAUUUCCAAAUAAGAAAACUUUGUUCUCUGUUUUGCAAGCUGUAGAUAGAAUUUCUUCUUCAACCCACCGCAUCUCGUCAUCCCCAUUUGUACCUCCCAAUGAUCCCCAUGGUGUAGAGUUGUAGCUUAAGUCCUAAGUAGUAUUAUAUUAUUGUACGCUAGGGCAAGUGAAGCCCAACUGGGAAGCCCGCCAGCUGAUGCCCAGCCCGCUUUUCUGAAGCCGACGCUGCCUUCCUUGUUCCACCCUUUCCCCGCUCCCUCUCUCUCUCUCGCUUCGCUGCUGCUUCUUCCACAGGUUCAGUAAUUGCCAUUCUCCACUUUUACCGCACUCACUCAGUCAAUUCCCAGAAGGGCCACGAGGACUCAAUUAACCAUUUGUUUUGAAGAAGUUUAGUCAAUGGAAAAAGAGGUUUUGGAGGUUUAACCCUCGUUAAAUUGUAAUCCUGACUGCGAGGAGCAACGAAAACUGGACUUGUAAUAUGGAGGAAAUAGAGGCAUUGUGGAAAGAAGUAAGGGAGCUAAGUCUAGGCGAGUCGGGAAGAGUGGAGCGGUUGGAGUUCCCACCCACCCCUCUCCAAUUCCUUAGAGAUUAUGUUAACCAUAACAAGCCCUGCAUUAUAUCCAAUGCCACCCUCCACUGGCCCGCCCUCUCCUCCUGGACCGACGAUUCUUAUCUCACUGAAGCCCUCUCCUCUGCUGACAUUUCCCUUCACCUUACUCCGCACGGCCAGGCUGAUGCCCUCGUCCCCUUGGAUGGUUCUCUUUGCUUCGCGUCUGCUCACGUGCAGCGCAUGCCCUUCCCGAAAGCUCUCAGCCUCAUCACCAACAAUGAGUCCCAAUCGAAACUGGUGGCCUAUGCGCAGCAGCAGAACAACUGCUUUCCAUCAGAGUACUCGGCUUUAGCUGGGGAUUGUGACCCCCAUAUCCCAUGGGCCAGUGAGGCCCUUGGCUGCCUCCCUGAUGCAGUCAACAUGUGGAUUGGCAACCAUCUGUCUACAACAUCGUUUCAUAAGGACCACUAUGAGAAUCUCUAUGCUGUCGUGACUGGGCAGAAGCAUUUCCUGCUCCUUCCUCCUACUGAUGUGCAUCGAAUGUACAUCCGUGACUACCCAUCUGCCCAAUACUCAUAUUCCCAUGACACUGGAGAGUUCACGUUGGAACUGGAGAAGCCAGACAGAUAUGUGCCUUGGUGUAGUGUCGAUCCUUACCCUUCUCCCGAGGACAGAGAUAAACAGCUCUCUAGCUUUCCUUUGUAUUUUGACGGUCCUAAGCCCUUUCACUGUACUGUCAACCCUGGAGAGAUUCUAUACUUGCCAAGCAUGUGGUUUCAUCACGUUAGACAAACUCCAGAUAGCAGAGGACGCACUAUUGCUGUGAACUACUGGUAUGAUAUGCAGUAUGACAUCAAGUAUGCUUACUUCAACUUUUUGCAAUCAAUUCAUUGCCUAUCUGUUAAAACUCCAACACUGGUUGAGACAGUGCAUGAGGAUUCAGGUUCUGAUGCAUGGGCGUGUAUAUGAAGGAAUGAGUUGGAUGCUGAUUGAUCUAUUGCUCAUUUAGCAGUGAACAGAGAAGACUUAAGAUGAGUGAUGGAAUGAUCACCGAUCAUUAGUAUGGGUAUCGGAUUAGUCGUUUGUGGACUUCUCAAAUUGGGAGCAAAGAUGUCUCUAAAGGAAAACAAUGCAGCAUCCUUGAGCUUUCGGCAAGGAGCUGUGUUGUUCGGGAGGAUCAGCUGUGGGAUGUUUAACUACCCCUAGUGGGAGUCCAUGGAACUGCUGCAUGAUGCUGCCACCACAAGGGAAGCUCGGGGUGGCUGUAGACACUAGUGAAAAAAAGGCCUGCUUGAGCACUCAUAUUCUGUAAUUGUUAUGCUACAUGUUUACUUUUAUCCCAAUACAUUUUCGGCAAGUUCAUACGUGCUGCAGCUUAUGAUUACAUUUUGCCACCCAGUGCUAGUUUUUCGUCUACUUACGAAUAAAUAUGUUGCGUCGUAACUUCGUAA